AUGCUCUCAACUGCUUUCAGCGGAACCACGGCGCCGGCGCUAGUCCCCCUUCCAUCGGAUCGACCAUCGGACCCACUUAGCCACCCGGUGAUAGCCGUUUCAGCUUCUACACCAGCCAACGUAGUUUCAACCACGCUCUCCUCUAACAUGAUUAUUGAUUCCGAUCCUCUGUCUUUGUCUCUACAGGGCAUAGCGAACGGGACGACGCAAGAUCGAUCAGACCAAGAGGCAACAGGGGCUCGCCAACAACUCUUCUCUUAUGCAGCAGCGGUUAUGGGAAAGAUGCCCACGAUCCCUCCUCAGAAUCAAGUGCGCCUAUGGAUGCCGGUGGGGGAACAUGUUUUGGUGUCCGGUAUACAUAAUGGCGAACCAGUCCUGACGAUUUCAGCGGACUUCAAAUCCAAGAUCUGUGCACCGUGGCAUAGAGCUCUGGUUUUCCGCCUUCUAGGGUUGCGGAUUGUGUUUACCAAUCUAUGCAAUCGGCUCAAGGGUCUGUGGCGGCCGCAGGGGAACAUGGAGGUGAAGGACCUUGAUCACGACUACUUUCUAGUCAAUUUGGACAGCGAACAAGAUUAUUACCGCGUGCUCACGGAUGGCCCUUGGGUUAUCUAUGACCACUACCAGGUGGUUCAGCAAUGGACUUCUCGGUUCAAGGCAUCAGACCCUGACACGCCAAAACACAACAUCAAUCUGCGACCAAGUGUAAUCGCAGACCGGGAAUGCAGUAACAGGCAAGUUAUAUUAUCAACCCGGGCUCUAGAUCUACUGCUUACUCAGUGA